CGCCAGUAUUGAAUACUCUGUAAAGUGACCGCGUGCGAGACGUAUCGUUGCUUCGAGGAAACCUUCGCUCGUCCAGCUCGGCUGUUUGCCGAAUACAACGCGAGUGCAUCUGUACGCAUUUAAUUUACCUGUGAUUUAACGUCUCUCUAACGUUCAGUCGAAUAAUAUCGUGAAAAGAUGCCCGAAGACGUCAGCAUGUCUGAUGCCGGCGAGGUGGAGACCUUCGCCUUCCAGGCCGAGAUCGCUCAGUUGAUGAGCUUGAUUAUUAAUACCUUCUACUCCAACAAGGAAAUAUUUAUUCGAGAAUUGAUCUCCAAUUCGUCUGAUGCAUUGGACAAGAUACGAUAUGAAUCUCUAACAGAUCCAUCCAAGUUGGAUACGUGCAAAGAACUAUUUAUUAAAAUUGUUCCAAAUAAGAAUGACCGUACCCUGACUAUUCUUGAUUCUGGCAUUGGUAUGACCAAAGCUGAUCUUGUAAACAAUCUGGGUACUAUUGCCAAGUCCGGCACAAAGGCAUUCAUGGAAGCUUUGCAGGCAGGUGCUGAUAUUUCCAUGAUUGGACAGUUUGGUGUAGGUUUCUACUCUGCAUAUCUUGUAGCUGACAAAGUCACUGUAAUCUCGAAGCACAAUGAUGAUGAGCAAUAUUUAUGGGAAUCUUCUGCUGGAGGCUCGUUUACGGUUCGUCCUGACAAUGGCGAACCUAUUGGACGAGGUACAAAAAUCGUCUUGCAUAUCAAGGAGGAUCAAACCGAGUAUUUGGAAGAAUCAAAAAUUAAAGAGAUUGUGAAGAAACAUUCCCAAUUCAUCGGCUAUCCCAUCAAGCUCGUUGUAGAGAAAGAGCGUGAUAAGGAAUUGAGCGAGGACGAGGAAGAAGAACCUGCAAAGGAAGGCGAGACUGAAGAUGAAAAGCCAAAGAUCGAGGAUGUUGGAGAAGAUGAAGAAGAAGACAAGCCCAAAGAUGAAAAGAAAAAGAAGAAGAAAACUAUCAAGGAGAAGUACACCGAAGACGAGGAAUUGAACAAGACGAAGCCGAUCUGGACGAGAAAUCCUGAUGACAUUACACAGGAAGAAUAUGGUGAAUUCUACAAGAGCUUGACCAACGAUUGGGAAGAUCAUUUGGCUGUGAAACAUUUCUCUGUAGAGGGACAAUUGGAAUUCAGAGCACUGCUAUUUAUCCCACGUCGUGCGCCGUUCGAUCUGUUCGAGAACAAGAAAAGAAAGAAUAACAUCAAGUUAUAUGUGCGACGUGUCUUCAUCAUGGAUAACUGCGAAGACCUAAUCCCUGAAUAUCUGAACUUCAUCAAGGGUGUUGUAGACAGCGAAGAUCUGCCUCUGAAUAUCUCUCGUGAGAUGUUACAACAAAAUAAGAUUCUGAAAGUCAUCAGGAAAAAUCUCGUUAAGAAAUGCUUAGAACUUUUCGAAGAAUUAUCAGAGGAUAAGGAAAACUAUAAGAAGUGUUACGAGCAAUUUAGCAAGAAUCUGAAAUUGGGUAUCCACGAGGACAGUCAGAAUAGGAAGAAGCUCUCAGAGUUGCUGCGCUAUCACACUUCUGCAUCUGGUGAUGAAAUGUGCUCGCUUAAAGAUUAUGUUGGCAGGAUGAAGGAAAGCCAGAAGCACAUUUAUUACAUCACUGGUGAGAGCAGGGAACAGGUCGCCAACAGUUCAUUCGUAGAGCGAGUAAAGAAGCGUGGUUUCGAAGUCGUCUACAUGACUGAACCCAUUGAUGAAUACGUCGUUCAACAGCUGAAGGAAUUCGACGGAAAGCAGUUGGUAUCAGUCACGAAGGAGGGUUUGGAAUUGCCAGAGGAUGAGGAGGAGAAGAAGAAGCGCGAAGAGGACAAGGCCAAAUUCGAAAAUCUUUGCAAAGUCAUGAAAGAUAUCCUGGACAAGAAGGUGGAAAAAGUAGUAGUUUCCAACAGAUUGGUCGAUUCGCCUUGCUGUAUCGUCACAUCACAGUAUGGCUGGACAGCGAAUAUGGAAAGGAUCAUGAAGGCACAAGCUCUCCGAGAUACAUCCACUAUGGGAUAUAUGGCCGCGAAAAAACAUUUGGAGAUCAAUCCCGAUCAUCCCAUCAUGGAGAAUUUGAGGCAAAAGGCUGAAGCUGACAAACACGAUAAGUCUGUUAAAGAUCUAGUCAUGCUGCUAUUCGAGACUGCUCUCUUGUCGUCUGGUUUUGCGCUUGAAGAUCCUCAAGUACACGCAUCUAGAAUAUACAGGAUGAUCAAACUCGGCUUGGGCUUCGAUGAUGAGGAUACGCCGAAUACUGAGGAUGAGAAGAUGGACACGGAAGUGCCGGCAUUGGAGGGUGAUGCGGAAGAAGCGUCGAGAAUGGAAGAAGUAGAUUAAAAUUUAUAAAUUAAGUUUUUACUUUAACUCAUUCAUCGAUAAAAAAUUA